GGGGAAGGCACAGGAAGUACGAGCGCUUAAGGCGGCGGGCGUCAUCAUCUCCAUCACCUCUCCUGCGGCGGGGGAGACGAGAAUCUAUCUCGGCUGACAAAAUGCUCUCUUGAAGGCAAGUCUUGUCGUGCCUAGGGUAGGAAAGAAGAUGCGUAUUUUCCGUUCUCGCGGAUUGCCGAAGUUUUCAACCACCAAGGAAAGGAGGGUGGUGGCAUCUGACGCGAUGUUAAGCAGUCUGUGCUGUUGAAUAAGGAGGGGCAGAUCUUGAAUACAGCUGCCUGCUUUUUUGCACACAUGCUCACCAUUUAAUAUUGGAUCCUUUAUCUGGAAGAAUCUAGUGGGCUUUUUUUGUUUUGUUUUGUCGCUCCUCAACAUUCAGACUGUUAGGAGCAAUACAUCUUUUGGGGAAAGUAUCUCUGGAGCCUGGCCAUAUGUGUUGAGUGAGUAGAAGAACUUAGUGAGAAAUUAUAUGAUUAUUAGGUUGUUAAACCUACAGCGAUAAACUUGUGGGAAACUGCAUGUGAGAAACCGCAUGUGGCUGGCUGCUACUUGUUCUGGUUGUGAGGUUGGAUUAUUGUAUGCCGAAUCAAAAAUCUAGACUACAAAUUGUCCCUAUCCACGCCUUUCUUAGCAUCGUUGCUGACGCAUAGCAGCGAAGUCACACUUUUGUACAGUUUUUCUUUUAGACCAUAACAGCAGACACAACAACUGCUUAAUUUUUUUCUGAAUAUUUUUAAAAUAGUUUUUUAACUAAAAAGGGCAAAUAUGUCCUUUUUUAACUUCCGUAAAAUCUUCAAGUUGGGAGGUGAAAAGAAAAAGAAACAGUAUGAGCAUGUCAAGAGAGAUUUGAAUCCAGAGGACUUUUGGGAAAUCAUAGGAGAAUUGGGUGAUGGUGCUUUUGGCAAAGUAUUUAAGGCUCAGAACAAAGAAACAAAAGUCCUUGCUGCUGCAAAGGUCAUUGAUACUAAAUCCGAAGAAGAACUUGAAGACUAUAUGGUUGAAAUUGAUAUCUUAGCAUCCUGUGAUCAUCCUAAUAUUGUCAAAUUGCUAGAUGCUUUUUAUUAUGAAAAUAAUCUUUGGAUCCUCAUUGAGUUCUGUGCUGGUGGUGCAGUUGAUGCAGUAAUGUUGGAACUGGAAAGACCGCUGACAGAGCCACAGAUCAGAGUAGUUUGCAGGCAGACUCUUGAUGCGCUGCAUUAUCUGCAUGAAAACAAGAUCAUUCACCGAGAUCUGAAAGCUGGCAAUAUUCUUUUCACUUUGGAUGGAGAUAUCAAACUAGCGGAUUUUGGAGUAUCAGCUAAAAAUACACGUACAAUCCAGAGACGAGAUUCUUUCAUUGGCACUCCAUAUUGGAUGGCUCCUGAAGUGGUCAUGUGUGAGACAUCUAAAGACAGACCUUAUGAUUAUAAAGCUGAUGUUUGGUCUUUAGGUGUCACUUUAAUAGAAAUGGCUGAAAUAGAACCACCUCAUCAUGAAUUGAAUCCAAUGCGUGUUCUGCUGAAAAUAGCGAAGUCUGAACCACCUUCGUUGGCACUACCUUCAAAAUGGUCUGCUGAUUUUAAGGAUUUCUUAAAGAAAUGUUUGGAAAAGAAUGUCGAUGCCAGAUGGAACAUUGCUGAACUUCUGCAGCACCCAUUUGUUACAGUAACUUCCAAUAAACCAAUCAGAGAGCUGAUUGCAGAAGCAAAGGCUGAAGUCACUGAAGAAGUAGAGGAUGGAAAAGAUGAAGAUGAAGAGGAGGAAUCCGAAAAUUCUCUACAAUUACCUGCCAAUAAGCGAGCGUCAUCUGACCUCAGUAUUGCCAGCUCGGAAGAGGAUAAGCUUUCACAGAAUGCAUCUAUUCUGGAAUCUGUUUCGGAGAGACUAGAGCAUUCAUCCAUGGAAGACACAAUUGAAAAAGAAAAGAUAAGUAUGGAGCCUGGCAGAAAUAAAGAUGAAGUAUUCACAGAAAACACAAGUGAUGCCAAGCAGAGCCAUACUGAAAAAGGAGAGAAUGAAUUAGCAUUACAAUAUGCAGUUGAAGAAGCAAAAAAGAGCAAAAAUGCGGAUCAAAAUGUAAUAUUGAAUGAAGACACUAUAGCACAAAAAGAAGAAAAGGAAAGCAAUACAGUAUUAUCUAUAAUAAAUGUCAAGCCUGAUCUAAAAACAGAAAAAGAAAAUGCUUUGUCAAAUGAAUUAUCAGUUGAGAACAGAAAUAAAAUUAGUCUUGAAAUUGAAGCUAGCAGUGCAGAAAUUAGAGAAACAAUUUCCAAGGAGGCUGAUAUGCAAGAAGAAAAGCAAAGUUUCAUAGUUAUCCAGGAAAACAAAGCCAUGGAGGAAAUGUCAACAGAAAAAAGUAAAGCAAUUAAGGAAUUACAAGGAAAUGAAAAAUGUGAAGAUGAUGUUCUGAAAGAAAUUGAAAAGCAGAAAUAUGAAGCAAAUGCCAAUAUGGAGAUGACAGAUAUAGAGGGAUCGUUUGAUAAACAGCAGAAACAAAUAAAAGACAAUACCAGUAGUGCUCAAGAGGGAGGUAUUACUACCAAGGUUCAGAUCACAGAUUCAGUUAAAGUGAUUGAAAACAGCCAACAGCCAACAGUGUAUACUUCUGAGGAUGCUCAGGGACAAAUUACUUCUGAACCAACUUUUACUCAGAAUGAUGUGGAUAUUGAUCAGCAACAGAUAGUGGGAGAUUAUGAUGAUUCUAACCAGAGAAACACAACAAAGGAAACUGUGGUCAACAUUGCAGAAAAAAUGGAGGUCAUGAAACAGAAGCCAGGAUUGAAUGAUGCUAUACAUGCUGAAAAACAAAAGAAAACUGAAGAAAUCGACACAAAAGAUGAGGUUUAUGUUGUGCAACCUGGUGAUAAAUUAGAGAUCAGAGCUGAAGAAAACUACAAGAAUAAUUUUCAAAUAAGCACAGAUCCUGAGGUGGUUUCCAGUGAUUUACCUAUUAAAAAUCACCUUGGAGAUAGUGCAGUGAAACAACCUCUUGAACAUGAGGCAUCUCCAGUACCAAGUAUUAAUGUUAGCUGUGUAGAAAAUGAGACGGAAAAUAAAUCAAAGAAUCAGAAUAAUAUUGAACAUACACAAUAUCUUGAUCCUGAGUCUAUUAAAGAAAAUGAUACAGAUUCAGGCACUGGUUCUGCAGCUGAUAACAGCAGCAUUGAUUUAAAUUUGUCAAUUUCCAACUUCCUCACUAAAAACAAAGAUAGUGGAUCAAUAUCUUUACAAGAAACCAAAAGACAUAAGAAGACUUUAAAGAAAACUCGGAAAUUCAUUAUUGAUGGUGUAGAAGUAAGUGUGACUACUUCAAAAAUAGUCACUGACAGUGAUUCUAAAAGUGAAGAACUUCGGUAUCUUCGCCGUCAAGAAUUACGGGAGCUACGCCUUCUCCAAAAAGAAGAACAACGAGCUCAGCAGCAACUCAGUCAUAAGCUAUUACAACAACGAGAACAGAUGUUUAGGCGCUUUGAACAGGAAAUGACAAGCAAGAAGCGGCAAUUUGACCAGGAAAUUGAAAACCUAGAAAAACAGCAAAAACAGACAAUAGAGCGCUUAGAACAGGAACAUACAAAUCGUUUACGUGAUGAAGCUAAGCGCAUCAAAGCAGAACAAGAAAAAGAAUUAUCCAAGUUUCAAAACAUGUUGAAAAACAAAAAGAAAGAGGUUUUUAAUGAAGUGGAGAAAGCACCAAAAGAGCUGAGAAAAGAGCUCAUGAAACGCAAGAAAGAGGAGCUUACUCAAACCCAGCAUGCUCAGCCAUAUGCCUUCAUGAAGCAAUUUGCUUGUAAAACCUACAAAUACAUCAAAUGGAUUUUAGAGAAAUUACUGAUUUGGAGAGGAAGAAUUAAAUUUAACAAGUCAUUAAGUGAGCAAGAGUUUGUGCAGAAACAACAACAAGAACUGGAUGCAUCAUUAAAAAAAAUAAUUCAGCAGCAGAAAGUAGAGCUGGCAACCAUUGAACGAGAUUGUCUUAAUAACAAGCAGCAACUCAUGAGAGCCAGGGAAGCUGCAAUAUGGGAACUUGAAGAGCGACACUUGCAAGAAAAACAUCAGCUGCUGAAACAGCAGCUGAAGGAUCAGUACUUCAUGCAGAGACACCAGCUGCUUAAACGGCAUGAAAAAGAAACUGAGCAAAUGCAGAGAUACAACCAACGACUGAUUGAAGAGUUGAAAAACAAACAUACUCAGGAAAAAGCUCGGUUGCCCAAAAUCCAGCGUAGUGAAGCCAAAACAAGAAUGGCCAUGUUUAAGAAAAGCCUCAGAAUUAACUCUUCAAGCACUCCAGACCAAGAUCGUGAAAAGAUCAAGCAGUUUGCUGUUCAAGAAGAAAAGAGGCAAAAAAAUGAAAGAUUGGCUCAACUUCAGAAACAUGAAAAUCAAAUGCGAGAUCUUCAAUUGCAAUGUGAAGCUAACAUUAGAGAAUUACAUCAGCUGCAGAAUGAGAAAUGCCAUCUACUGGUCGAACAUGAGACUCAAAAAUUAAAAGAGUUGGAUGAAGAACAUAGCCAAGAGCUUAAAGAAUGGAGAGAGAAACUAAGACCAAGGAAGAAGACAUUAGAAGAGGAAUUUGCCCGGAAACUUCAAGAACAAGAAGUUUUCUUUAAAAUGUCUGGAGAAUCUGAAUGCCUUAAUCCUUCAACUCAAAGCCGGAUUUCUAAAUUCUACCCAAUUCCUAGCCUGCAUUCCACAGGAUCAUAACAGUUGAACCUCUGUGAGGUGGCUUUCAGUGUGCUGUUGACAUUGGCAGUUUACCAUAUUCUGUUUCUGUAUUUACACUCACACUAAUACACAACACACAACAUAUCAAACUUCUGCUUUCAGCAGAGACAAUCAAGGAUGUUAGACUUUUCUUUCUUUGCUUUUGCUUUCUUUUGUUUAAAUGCUGGAAAACAAUUGAAAUUAGAAGCACAGAGGUGUUCUUAAAACAGAAUAUGGUAUAAUGUGUUUCAGAAAUAGAUACCUGUUUGAAAACUGAUCUAAAAACUAUAUAUCCAAUAUAUUUGCACUGGGAAGAAAGCCUAACCAUUUAAUGAUCAUCUGCAAUGUCCCAAGAAUCAAAGAUGAUUCUUAGACAAAGUCAGUACUGCUAAUUCAACCAAAUCUUGUUUAUGAGGCAGCAGCUCUCCAGCCUCAUUUUAUUCAGUGCCUGAAACAAUUAAACAUACUGCUCUUUUAUAAAAGAUUUGUGAUUAUCACAUGGUAAGCUGUUGAUGUUAAUAUCUGUUGCUGUUAUAGUGACAGUGUUUGUCAAAUCCUUAAACUGAGCAUUCCCACUCAACUUUAAAAUGUACAGUUUAUAGUCUCUCCCCUCCUCUUUUAAAUUUUCUAUUUGGCUUUUAAUAUUCUACAAAAUGAAUUGAAAUUGUAGAAUUUAUAUCUUUUUAAAAGAGGGGAAAUGCAUUAAUUUUCACUCCCCCUGCAGCUCUGCAUGAUCACAUGAAAAGCAGAGUUAGAUGAUCAGAGCAGCAUUAUCAGAUUUCAAUGCUGCAAAGUCUUUGACUGCCCUUGUACUUACAAAUUAAUGUUUUGAUUUCCGGAUAUGAAUAAUCUUUUUGUAAAAUUUCAGUAUGUACAUUGAGCGAAGGAUUUACGUUAAGUACUAAAACAAUUUAAUCUGCUACUUCAUUUGCUAAGAAGUAAGUAGAUAGUUUAUUUCUAAAAUUCAUAGCUCCACUGUAAUUUAUUUUUUUAUAUUUCUAUCAGCGGGAGAUUUAUCUUCAUUCAGUAAGACAAGCUUUUCAAUACUGAAGCAUAUCAAAAACUAUUGCUUUUGAUAUGCCAAAAUUAAGUUUGUAAUAUAAAUGUCCUCAAUAGCGCAAUCCUUUAAUAGGUAAUUUUGGAUUAUCAUCCAAACGUUUUCAUAGUUUGCUAUCUUUCAUUAAAGGCAAAAUUGGUUACCUUUUAUACAAAGGAAACAGAUUUUAAAAAAAAUACAAACUGCCUUAAUGGAAAUGUGACCAAUACUUUGGCUACUGAAUUCAGAUGCUGAGUUUGAUUUUAUUCGGUUGUUCAAUUGCUUCAAUAUUAUAAGUAUAGGCUGAAGAUGCAUAUUUUCAGUUAAAUUCUGUUCAUCGGAAAUAAUAAUUUGCUUGCAACGUAUAGCUAGCCUUAAUAUCUGAUAUCUUAUUUUAUAAAUAUGUAAUGUGUACCAGGUUGUAAAUUCCUUUAUAUGUUACUAGAGUGUUAUGUUUGCUGUAUUGCAUCCUAAAAACCUUUUGCAGAAUUGCAUAGAUGAAAGAACACCUAUCAACUUUUACGUUUUUUUUAAAAACUUCACCUUGUGAAACAACUAGUACUGACUGUAACAUUAAAUUCUCUCUGUUUAAUCAACAUAUAAGUCUGCUUUAAAAAAAUCUAAAGUCCAUUGACUCCUUUGAGGAAUGUUUUAUUUCUGUAUUCAUUUUUCUUAUUUGGGUUUAUUUUUUCAGUCAUUUCUUGUUGUUAAUACAUCUGUUUUUUGGAGAUAAAACAAACAAACCUGAGUUUGUUCAGAAUCAAAUAAUUGGACAGCAUGAUUAAGGCAGAAUUCUGAAAUGUACAAAUGGAGGCAUUGUUUGCUAAUCUGAAUGGUUUUCCUUUUGGUGUGUGGUGUUUUGUGGGAAUUUAUUAAAUACCAUCUGUAUGUAGAACUAGGUAAUCAACAUUUGGAAUACAUUAAUUAAUACUGCUUGGUAUUUUCCCAUGUUAACGGUUAUCUGUGGUGGAACUUUCCUCUUAGGAGCUUUAUUUCAAUAUAGUUACAAUUUCAUGACAUAAAUUGGGUUUGAGAUCCAUUGACCCUCAUAAUGGUCUUCGGUUAUCUAUUUCAGGUCUUCAUUGACAAUUGUUUCUUUGACAUCAUGACAGGAAACCUGGCUUGGAUAUGGGUCAACUUGGACCCAUAGUUUCCUAUUCUAAUUUGAAAAGUUUUCUAUUUUUCAGUUACAGUGCUCUUAUUCUAUUGGAACAUAAUAUCAAAUUGGCUAUAUGAUCCAACCAGCGGAAGAACAACUCACUAAUACCUCAAGAAAUAUGAUUGUUGGAUGACAGAAUAAAAAGCCUAAAUAAUUGUUGCCUAUGAUUCAACUCUGUCAGCUUCUCUAUAUUCAGUUAUUAUUCUGCUCUACAUUUUGUGAUCUUUUUGUGGUAAGGCUAAUGCAUGAUAUAUAAAAGCCUGUAAAAUUCACACAAUUUUAGAAAUUGAAUUAAGGGCUUCAAGGAUACUUUUAAUAAUAAAGAAUUCUUUCAGAAAGAAACAUCAAGUGACAUAUCUCAUUAUGAAUAUAUUUACAUAAGGAAAUAUUUAGCAAGAUAUUUUCUAAUAUGUUCUCAUUUUAUUGUAUGCUGCCUCAUUGGUUUAAGUGGUUACACCAGUUGGAAGGAAUAACUUGAUAUUCUGUCUAUCAGUAAUCAUAAUUCUGUCAGUAUAUCCCUUUCUUCAUCAGAUAACAUGACAUAUUAUGGAUGGUGCUCUUAUAUAAUAUCUGAAGAAUAAAUAUGCAGAACUCCAUUGCAAAGUAUAGGUUUAUACAAGAGAAAAAUGUCAUAUUCUUCAUGGGCCUGUAGCUUUGGCAUACCAAUCCUUAAGCAAAAAGGCAUGGUGAGUUUCUAACACAAAAUAGACACAAUGUGGGUAUGUUACUACAAGUGUAUUUUUGAUCAUAUCAUUAGUUUCAUAAAUCUAUACAGCAUUGAUGCUUCCUGUUGAGAUUAAUAUUGUCAAAGCAACAUUUUAAAAAUCAUUUUUAAAAACUGAUUUCAGUUUUAUUGUGUCAAAGGAAUAAAAUUGAGUUAGCCAGAUACUGAAGCUUUAACAUCAUACAAAAUAAGCCAACUUAUUCUGUAUGAUGAUCAAUUCAAAUAUUGAUUUUAUUUAUAUUGUAACUAGUGAAAUAUAUUCAUGAAUAUAGUUCAUGAGCAGGUGAUUUGGUGUAGUCAUUAAGGCAUCAGGUUAGAAACUGAGGCACAAAGCCAGCUGGGCCAAUCGCUGUCAGCCCUAAGAAGGAGACGGUGGCAAAUAACUUUUGAAAACCUGAUAAGAAAACUGCAGGGAUUAAUGUAAGAAGUUGACAGGAUUCAACACUGACUCAAAGGCGCACACACACACACACACACACACACGCACACCUGUAUUCAAUGUUGAAUACAGGUGUGAAUUCAAUAGGGUGAUAUCAGUUGUGAUAAAUAUAAGAAUCUCUGUAUAGAAAAGAAUCAGAUAGGAGACACUGAAAUAUUGGUUUGGAAGAAAAAUUCAGGAGAAGAAUCAAGAAGUACUAAUGUACCUGCAACUGAAUAUGAGUGCUAAACAAAGUGCUAAAAUGCUUAUCCUAUCUUGGACUGAAACAGAUUUCAUACAGGCUAUGGAGAGUAAUUGUUCCAUUGUAUAUUGUACUACCAUACAAUAUACAUUUAGAUUAUCCCAUUUCUGGGCAUUACAUUCUUGAAAGGAUGAGAGAAGCUGGAACAAUUUGCUACUAGGGUACUAAAAAUUGUCUGAUUGGGCCAAUUAGGAAGAAUUAGGAAGAAUUUCUCAUCAACAAAAAACACAUAGAACAAUCUGCCAAGAACAGAAAGAAAUGAUGCUGUCUUGGAGUUGGCUAGCAACCUGUUAGGGGAAUUAAUCAGAUUCUGGCAUUGAGUAGGGUGCGUGUGUGGCUGCUAUAAUGAAAUCCCUUCCAGUUCAUAGUUUCUGUGUCUCAAUGACAAGUUGUUAGUUUUGCCUCACUAAGAAUGAUGAAAUCUCUCAGCUCAAUCAUCAUAGGUAUAAGGGGGGGAAAACCCAUAUGUGCCACUGUACAUUCCCAGAUAACAAGUUGGAAUGGCGGUACCAUACAUAAUAAACGGUUAUUAAGCUCU